GUGACGGGCUUUGCUGCGUGUCAGAUGCGGGGAUCCAGCUGACCAGUUCCCCUCACCCACUCCGCAUCCUGCAGUUGAAUCAAUCACUCAAUUUGUGUCGAUCUCGUCCCUGCAGAUCACGGACAUACCACUUCACCUCCGUUUCCAUUGCUGGUGCAGACGGGGUGAUUCGGACGAGUCUCGGUGCAUCAAACCCCGAUGUUACACUUUUUUCCACGUAUGGAUGGAUGCGCUCGUCAAGCUGGCGCUUCAUAUCAACCCUACCCUGCAAGCUCUGUGAUCUUCAGUCGAACUCAAUCACCCACCUUAGUCUAUGAGAUAUCCCACCACAAUGAAGGUCUCCAGCCUCCCAAUCCUAACCCUUCUCCCUGCCUCCCUCGCCACAACUAUUUACCUGGCGGGGGACUCCACCAUGGCCACCGGUGGUGGUGGCUCCGACACAGCCGGCUGGGGUGACUACGUCGCCCAGUACCUGAGCAACUCAAGCGGCAUCACCGUCUCCAAUCAAGCCGUAGCCGGGCGCAGCGCCCGGUCUUACACGCGCGAAGGCCGCUUCGACGACAUCGCCAGCACGCUUGAAGCGGGCGACUAUGUGAUCAUUGAAUUCGGCCACAACGACGGCGGCACGCUCAGCUCAACCAGCGACAACGGCCGCACCGACUGUUCUGGCACGGGCUCCGAAGUAUGCUACUCGGAAUAUGAUGGCGUCAACGAAACCAUCCUCACCUUCCCUGCGUACCUCGAGAACGCCUCAAACAUGUUUAAAAAGAUCGGUGCAACCGUCAUCAUCUCCUCGCAGACGCCCGAUAACCCGUGGGAAACGGGCACUUUCGUGGAUGACCCGCCGCGGUUCGUCGAGUACGCGGAAAUCGCCGCAGAAACGGCGGACACGUCGUACGUGAAUCAUUUUGAUUACACGGAUCAGGUAUAUGAGGCGUUGGGGGCGGAUACUGUGGAUGCGUAUUUUCCGAUCGAUCAUACGCAUACCAGUGCGGCCGGGGCGAAUGUCGUUGCUAAGGCGUUCCUGAGGGGGGUUGUUUGUGGGAAGUUGAGUUUGGCGGAUGAGCUGGUGACGGAUGAUUUGGAGUUGGAUGAAUAUGAGUGUUUGGAUGAGUAGAUGUGGUGCUACGGACAUGUGUCGAAGAUAGCCAUUAGGGCGAAGUAUUGGCGAUGGAGUCGAGAGUUAGAGAUCACAUUGUAUCUCCCUUGUGGAAUCAUGGAUGGACAUGAUGGCGAACUUAUCAGGCUGAGUUUUGACAUUAGUACUAGUACAACACAAGGAUAAAUGAUGUCUCAGAAGCUGUCCUACCUAGGUGGAGGGAAGAACCACAAAUGAAUGCCC